AACCUGUGUGGAUACCAGUGAAUUUACUUCAAGAUUCUGAACUAGACUUUGAAAGCCUGACUGAACUUCAAAAUGAAUGAAAAUGAAAAAGAAUGGGGUGCUGAAAAGAACAGUAUACUUGAAAAUUCCUCCUUUAAGGUUUCAGAAUUAUUAUUUGCCAUUGAAAGUUUAAGCAAGGGGCGGCUAAGGUCUGACAAUGAACAAAAGCAUGUGAAAGAAGAAUCAGAUCGGCAGAAGCUUCAGUUAUCCAAUUUGGAGAUGUCAACGACAAACGAGAAUCAGCUUAUAAAAAUAGCAAAAUUAUCAGAAUAUAGCAAUAUUAGAUCUGUCUCAUCAAAAAUAUUUUCAGCAUACCCCCAACGAAGCAUUUUUGAAUGUAAUAUGGAUACAAAAUCUCUUAAAUGGAACAUAGACACAAAAUUACAAGUUAAUCAAAAAGGAAGGCUUGUAUGUAAUUGGCCUCAAAAGCCUAAAUUUGAUAAUCAAUUUGACCGAGGGAUUAGUCCACCAAAGAAGAAAACUGUGCAAUUAUUUCAUAGAGACUUUAGACGCUCAUCUUUUGUAAAACCAUUUCCACCAGACAAAAGUAGACAACAAAGGCUACCUACUGAAAAGACGCGUCAAGUCAGAAAUCCAUGUCCAAGCAUCAAAUCAUUUCUAAUUCGUUCCAGGAUACAGAAGUCAACAUUAGCAGGGCCAAUACGCUAUGAACCCUUCCUUGGUUUGAAAGAUUUACAGUGGAAACUAUAUAAAGGAGCUAUGAGAAGAAGAGCACCUGAAGUGUUAAUGGAUAAACAUAAAUGCAUAAUACAACCUAUUCUAACAAGUGGUCUGCAUAAAGGAAGUCUUUCCAUUCCUUUGAUCUGUAAAGGUAACAAGUAUAUAGAAGCAUUCUAGAGACACAACUGUGACCUGAUCUCUGGCUAAUUUGUUUGAGCAACAAAUAAUAAAUCAUUUUUCUUUCAAAAUCUGGAACAUCUACCACGCUUCUGAUUUUUCUAAACUGAGGAGCAUUGAAUGCAACUGUUCACACAUAAUUUUUGGGGCAUAUUUCAGGCACUAUGAGUAACUGAUUGCAUCAUGCAAAGUUAACAAUUUGUUUUCCAAAAUUGAUGGUUAAGACAAUCAGCAGGUUAACCAUCCAGACUGAAAGUUUCCCAGUGUAUUUUAAUUAACUAUCUAAGCCACAACAGCAAAGUGUCAACUUCUUAAGUUAUGAAAAGCUCAUCCAGCUUCUGCAUCUUAUCCAAACUGGAAAUAAAUUCAGUUGAGAAUAGGAAAUGUUCAGGGAAUGCUCCCCAUAUGCACAUAUGUUUCUCAGCCUCUUUCAUUAUUUAAAAUAAAUAAACUCAUCUGUUGUAAAAUCACGACGGGGUCUAAUUCAUGCCAGAUCUUCCUCAUCAAAUAUGUUAAAAAUAAAGACAUUAAAAAUUUAUUGUGUAAUGUUUUAUAGACAUGGUUGAUUUGGAAUGAGUUUGGCUUGGACUGAGUUUCUGAUCAUCACUCUCCAAGGACACACCUAACAG